UCUUGUUUCUCGGUUUCAACAUUCUGGUAGGACGCAUGAGAGCGGAUUGUUCUGUGGCAGUGGUCGUGGCGCAUUUCUGUUACUUUAGUUUAUUCGGCUCUUGAAGGUAGUCAACGACCGUAUUGUAUUGUUUGUUAGAGGUAUUUUGGAAUUUUUGAGUGUAGUUAGUUAUUUUGGGAACUUGCCCUCCAAAGUAUUAACUUUUUACGCAGAUAACCGGCAAUUAGAUGGAAGACAGUGAACAAGUAGUAUCGUCCACAACUCCGUCUGAAGACGAAAUGAGAAGCUACAGACAAUUCGGGAAUCAUUAUGGCAACGAGGCCACAGCUAAAGUUGGCAAAGAUGAUAUUCUAGACUUAGUUGGUGGAGCACAGGAUGCUAUUGAGAGGCACAUGGCUUCUUACCCCGAUGAUUUAAAAGAAUUUACGGAGGAAGCAAAGGAACAACUGACAAAAAAGGUGAUUUCAGAUAUAACUCCAUCAGAUGAAGAACAGGAGGAAGAGGUGACUGACACAUUUUCAGAAGCUGAACCAGUGAUUGUUAAUCCUUUGGAAGCGGACUAUUUGCCAGAACUCAUAAGGCCAGAUCCCCCAAAAGCACCUCAAGAAGAAGCACCAGCCCCAGUCGUAGAAUCCGCUCCAGUAGUAGAAGUGCUCCCCGAAGCGGCUCCAGAGAAAGAAGCGAUUGCGGCUCCUCCAGCACCAUCCCGUGUACUUCAACGUUGGAACCUAGACAAGAGAGAUGAACAUUUUCUUCCUUCUACUCCGCUGCAACCUCUGAUGCAAUUCCCAAAAGAACUUGGGCAGAAGGGUGAUUCCCCUGCUCCCAUCUCCCCCCUCUCUCCUCUUCACUCUCCUGACUCUCUGGAGGACCUCUCUUUGUCAGAGAGUCCAAAUCCAACGUCUGCUCCAUUGGGCUUCUCUUCUUGGCCUUCAACUGAGCCUCCCAAAAUACAGACCAAGGAUAUGCCUUGUGAUGAAGAGGGUAACACCAGAUUAGGCUUUAUUAAGAACGAUGAGGAUAUCGUGAAAGGGUUAGAAGCUGCUUCCUACACUCAAAGUAAACAUGAUCAAAACAUUUGCUCGGAGAGAGAUGUAAGGCCCAAGUCUCUGUGUGAAGACAGUGGGGUUGUCUCUCCUGAAGAGCAGAUUUGUAGCUCAGUCAGGUCUGCUACUCCUUCCCAGUCCCCCCAAAAUCCCCCGAUGACCCCUGAAUCUUACAUUGCACCUGCCUCCUCUACCCCAAUAGAACACUGGGAUUCUCCAUCCCAAGCUUCUCAAGAGAACACAAGGGCCUCCAUGGAUAUGUUCUCCAAGGACUCAGCCUCCAGAGGCUCCUCUGGGUAUGUGCCAGAUAUGCUUGGCCAACCAGAUGAUGACUUAAUGUUUGAGUUGAAGAAAAAUCCAUUCCAAGGCUUCUCACCUGUAGCAGAUGCUGGGUUCUCCCAUUUUGGGGAUACCACUUCUGACAGCAUGGCAGCUAAAAUGUCUGAGAGUCCCACUCCAGACCUGGUCCAGUAUGGCCAGGCUGGAGACUCCCAAGAUGGCAGCCCACCAUCAUAUUAUGAUGAGACAAAAACGUACGUGUCUGUCAAGAUGGCUGCGGACUCACUCAUGGAGCCACUCAAUCAGUUCUCAACCACCCCAAAAGAGAGCGAAGACUCUGCACCUCCAUCUCUCCCAGAUAUCUUAAAGCCCUUCCCUCUGAACCCUGACAAAGUGGACUCUGGCUCUUCUGAAGGAAGCACUGAGCCGAGCCCUGCUCCUGUCCGGAAGAUAGUUGAGUCACCCACUGUCCCUGUCACUCUGUCAGCCACAAAUCCCUUUGCUUUCGAUUCCAAAGCUUUACUGCUAAAGGAGCUGACUGAGGAGACUGAAGCAAGAUUAGCGGUGAAGACUGAAGAUAAAGGCUUUAGUGCCUUUGACCUUGUAAAGGAGGCAGGGACCACACCCCAGAGCAAACAACCUGUCCAGAUAGAACAAAAAGAUUGGAUGUUUUCCAGUCAAGAUUCACCCAAAAUAGUGAACAAAUUAGAGCCUCUUAAUAUCCAGACUAGAAAGACCCCUGAAGAUUCUGAUUCCGAGAGUCCGUCCGCAGACUCUCUGUCCCCUGUUCUGGAAGCAAUGGCCAAGAAUCCUGCAAGUUUCCAAGUGGAGACUGAGAAUGAUGACAUGAAAGCGGAAGAGCCAGAGGCAGUAGAGGAGAACUCUGAGCCUGAAGUCUCCUCGGAAGAGUUUGAGUUCAUCGAAAGGCCCCCCAGGGGUGUGAUGGAUGAGUUUCUAGAAGCAUUUGAUGGUGCCAAGUUUGCCAAGGCACCAGAGCUAAGUAUGGAUGACGACGAUGAUGAUGAUGACAUGAGCUUUGGGCUGCAGGAUGUGACUUCUGCAAAUGUAGCCCCAGAAGUUCAGGAAGAAGUUCCCAGUCAGAGCGCUUACCUCCUACUUACCCAGAAGGGUAAGGCGGACCUGGAGAAGGGUAAGGCCGACCUGGAGAAGGAUGAUAUCAACAAGCCUGCGUCUCGGGCCCCUCUCAUCCACUCGCCAGUUCGCGAACCGGAGAUGCUCGCUAAGGACACAGAGGGCCCCAAAACUGCUCAGAUGCCCAACCUGAGCACAGAAGCAGUGGUAGAGCUCCUGUACUGGCGCGAUGUCAAGACCUCGGGCGUGGUGUUUGGCGCUAGCCUCUCCCUGCUGCUCUCCCUGACACUGUGCAGCAUUGUCAGUGUCUCCUCCUACAUCGGUCUGGCUCUCCUCUCUGUCACCAUCUGCUUCAGGAUAUACAAGGGGAUCCUGCAGGCCAUCCAGAAGUCUGAUGAAGGGCACCCAUUCAAGCUGUACCUGGAUCAGGAUGUGGCUCUGUCAGAGGAAACUGUCCAUAAGUACAGCGACUGCGUUCUGACACGGUUCAACACAACAGUCACCGAGCUGCGUCGCCUCUUCCUGGUUGAAGACCUGGUGGAUUCCCUAAAGUUUGCUGUGCUGAUGUGGAUUCUCACCUAUGUUGGUGCCUUGUUCAACGGACUCACUCUCUUUAUUCUGGGUCUGGUUGGAAUGUUUAGCUGCCCCAUUGUCUAUGAGAAGUACAAGGUACAGAUUGACCAUUACGUGGGUAUGGCCAACAAGCAGGUUAAAGACAUUAUUGCAACGGUGCAGGCCAAAGUCCCAGGACUGAAGCGUGUGAAGGCAGAGUAAAGAAAAGAAAAUGAGCCAGUCCCUGAGACUUCCUAUGAGAGGGUGGAGGGGAGGGGGGCAUGCACCCCUGCUAUUUUCAAUCUCUUUUCAGUUCAUAAUUCCUUGUUCCCUGAAACACCCUGGGUUAUGUUAAAAAAAAUAUAUUAUUCACCAGCUCAAGUGUUCCCAACUUUUGAUGAACUAAAUUGAACAUGCUGAUCUAUCUGGCUUAAAAUGCUAGUUUGUGUGAAUAUGACAGAAAAAAAAAUAAGGCAUAUUAUUUUAAUCUUGCACUUGGACCUGACCAGUGAUGCGUUUUGAAAUAAAAUUGUGUUCCAUGAGCUGGUUCAUCUGUUCUCUCCCUUGAUGCAGUGUUCAGAAAUUGGAAUUGCAUUGUCUUUUUUGUAAUGAAGGAGGGUUAAUUGGUACCUUUGUGGAAACCUGAGUACCUGUCGUUAUUUGGUAUGAUAAAGUUAGUGGUGUUUGUGAUUUUACUGUUUUAUUGAUAGACUGUAGUUUCAAAGCUUCUAGCUCUCUUCAGUGGCUAUUGAGUGUGCUUGACACAAGGUGUUGACGUGUGUCAUUGUGCUUGACUAUGGUCUUUAAUGCCAGCAGGGCGAUAAUCCAUAGCACUUCAUGCUUCUGAGUAUUUCUAGCUAGAAACAUUUAGAACUUUGAGAACAUUUUAAUGAUCAUUUCACCUCAUGCAGCUGCCUAUUUAAACUCUGGAAGAACACGUUUACAAACAACUUAAGACAAAAAAAAUUAACAUACCAUCUGUGGACCCUAUCUAAAGCUGCAAAAUUAUGUAACAUGGAAACUUCAAGCAUUGUUUAUGCAAGUAAUUGUGAAUGAUACUUCAUACAAUUGUAAUGAACUCUUAUGAGAACUGUUUGUGGAAUGCAUUGUUAAAUAGAAACAAUUACAAUAAAGCUUAUAGAUGAA